AGGUAAGUUUGCAACGUGGUCCUCGAAUUUACUGAAUUUUCACCCCUAUUUCCCUCAAUUUCCCCCCAAAACUACCCCAAAAUCUUCAAAUAAGGAUAAUCCACGAAUUACGCGUGAAAAAUCAGCUGAAAAAUGUCUGAUACUGAAGUAGAUGUGACUCCAUCCUCGGACCCCGUCAUUGGGGGACCCAUGGACAUCAAUACGGCACUCCAGGAAGUCCUGAAGAAGUCCCUCAUUGCCGAUGGGCUGGUCCACGGUAUUCAUCAGGCUUGCAAAGCUCUCGACAAGCGUCAAGCUGUCCUUUGCAUCCUGGCCGAAAGUUGCGAUGAGCCACAGUACAAGAAACUCGUAACAGCCCUCUGCCACGAGCACCAGAUCCCCCUUAUUCGUGUGGAUUCCAACAAGAAGCUUGGCGAAUGGUCAGGACUCUGCAAAAUUGACAAAGAAGGAAAACCAAGGAAGGUUUGCGGAUGCUCUGUGGUUGUCAUCAAAGAUUUCGGUGAGGAGACUCCAGCUCUUGAUGUUAUCAAGGAGCACCUCAGGGCACAGAGUUAAGCCCGGAAGAAAAUUGUGGAUGAAUAAAAUAAAGGAAUUUCCUUUAAGAAGAUUAAA